AAAAUCAGGAGAGUUCCUUGCAGGAGGGUGUGUUGAAAAUUCCCUAGAAAGUAGAAUAUAGAAAGAAUAACUGUCACUGGCAGCAAACUCCAACUCUCAGCAAAUACAUGUGUUACAAAUCUAACUAAACAAUCAAACAUCAUUCAAAGCCUUGCAUGUGUGUACAAACCAGGUUGAAUAAUUUUUUUUUAACCUUAGGAUUGGGCAUUAAAUUAUACAUAAUUAGUGGAGUUCUUUCUUACUUCUAUUUCCCACUUUAGUUCUUGAAUCUGGUAUCUAUUGAAUCCUGUUUUAGGGCUUUUUCUAAACCCAAGAUGGAGAAUUUUGUUAACAGUGCAAUAAAAAUAACUUCAUAGUGUUACAAGGAAACAUUAAAGACUUUUUUGUGCGCUGCUCUUUCCCUUAAAAAAAAAAAAAUACAGACAUUGUUUCUUUAAAAGGCUCCAUCUGCAAAUCCCAUUAGAUGUGCAUAUAAGGUUUCAGAUGAUUAAUAGCUGCCUGCUUUGCUUUGGUUGGAGGGGCUGAGGGUAUGUGUGUUAACCCCUCCCUCCCCUCACUCACAUUUCACUUCACAAACUUGUCACUGUCUCCCCAGCACAGUAUUUAAAAAGUGUUUCACUCAUGCCCAGCACUUCACAGGGAAGCAACUCAUGGCAAUCCCUGCAGAAAUCUGGUAGCUCCAGUCAGGGCAAUGAAGACCUUUAGAACUAGAGUUCCUGAAGUAGCAAACCUGCAACAGCAUCAAACCCACAAGCAAACUGUUGUUUAGGGAGGAGAUCUAUUCUGUAAAAUUUGGAAGAGUUUCCCUCUUUCUUCUGCUUUUGAAGGCUGAGCUGUCACCAGCCAGGAGCACUGAGGUGUGGACAGGACUGGAAGCAGAUGGAUCCCAGCAGCAGCAGCUGCAUGCGCAGCCCACAGCCUCCCACCCUGCUCUGGGGGUGUGUGAGGAGCUCCCCCACCGACCUGAGCACAGCUCCAGGGCUCAGCCACUAUUCAGCAGCAGCACCAUUCUCCUUCCAGCAAAAAUCAGAUUUUGCUGCUUACUCCGAUUUCUCAGCCUCCUGCCUGGUGACAGCUCCCCACAGCUUUCCACAGGAGGAGCGGGCACUUGUGGAGCAGCACCCCUCAUUCCAGCACUCUGACUGGCACCUGGCAGCAACUGAGGCCAGAAGAGGAAUAAAUCCAGGACUGGCCUUGGCUUCUGGAGAGUCAGAGAGCAGCAGCCCCAGCCUUGUGAGUGGGGCUGUGGGUGAGGAUGAAGAUGAUGAGGCACCAGCAAAUCCUACAAGUGACUGUGAGAAAAAGCCACCCAAAAGGAAAAAGGAAAGCUCAGAGAACCAGAACUCAAGCAAUAAGGCAGAAAGCAGCAGCAGAUCACGGAAGGAAAGGACAGCUUUCACUAAGGAGCAGCUGCGGGAGCUGGAAGCUGAAUUUGCCCACCACAACUACUUGACAAGGCUCAGGAGAUACGAGAUAGCUGUGAACCUGGAUCUCACCGAAAGACAAGUCAAAGUAUGGUUUCAAAACAGAAGAAUGAAGUGGAAACGUGUUAAAGGUGGGCAAGCAGUGCCCCCACACGAACAUGACACAGAGGAUGUGGACUCUGCUGCCUCCCCCAGCUCUGAGUAGUCCCUGCAGCAAUGGGAGAGGAGUUUGGAGAAAGUCAUUGAUUGGAAUGUGGGUACAACUGCUUAGAAUCAGCUCCACAAUGAGAUCACCCUGCCUGCCCCAGUCCUGUAGCUCAUAGUCUUUAAAAGGUGCAGGAUGCUUGAGGUUACUGAGGCAAUUAAAGAGCACAGGGGGGAAAAAGCCAAGGGAGAGCAUGAUUUUGAUUUUUGUCUCUCAAACUUACUAUCACAGAUGUGUCUACAGAAAAAAACAACAAACACCAAAUAGAAAACAGAGACUCUCACCAGAAAAUCCAGACUGUUAGUCAGCAUAUGAAGCUGUAUUCUCAUCCAGGGGUCACACCUAUUUCCCUGGUCACACCUAUUCAUUCUGCAUUUGGACUUGACAAUGCACAUCUUCCUGUGCCCUUCUUGGAGAGAAAUAAAUACUUUGAUAGUCACUGGUUUUUCUUGCAAAAUGAGUUGAACACCUAUAUAAUUAGGCAAUAAGAUUACAAAAUAAAAUGUGAGACUAAAAACACACACAGAAGUCAACUCACCAGUUUUAGAAGAGAUGGCUUUCACACUGACAGUCCGAAAAGGUAGGUGCCUUGUUGAUGGCAGCAAUUUGCAGAGGGAGAUUUCAUCCAGGCUUAAUGUAAAACUGAAAUUAAAUUGCUAGAUCUCAGUUUCAAAUAUUUUUUCAAAACAGUCAUUACCAAAUGUCCCAGCAGGCACAGCAGAGAUUGAACUCUCAACACAACAGCUAAAAUAUUGUUAUUUUGGUUUCAAGUUUUUCCAAUAAACUGCCACAGCACCACCAGAAGUCUUAAGAACACCUAAGAACAUUAUCACUUUAAAUUAUCCCUGCUUUCAACCAGAACUUGUAGUGUAUAAAAUUAUGAUGAUUUAGAAAAGCAUAGUGCCUGCUCGCAUUUCUUGCAUCUUUUUUGUUUAAUGCCAUAUUUUAAGCAGAAUUUUACACUAGUGUACCACAUCAUGACUAUUGAGAAUGCUGAAACUUUGGUUUAAAUAUUUCAAAUGUAACCAUUAAUUGCAGCUACAGCCUUCCUCUGAUGCACUGCUGUUGUGAACUGUAGAUAUGCUGGGUAUGAAUUUGUAUAUCUGGAUUCUAUGUUUAUAAAGUUGUUAGUGGUAAUUCCACUUGUAAAAGACCUCAAAUUUGAUAAAUAUCAACUUCUU